UUUCAUUUUUGUUUGGUUCACGCUAGUCGCUAGUUAUUUCGUAGUUACUGAGGUGUGGGAAGUACAAGAGUCUGGUGUUUACAGUUUGAGUGGUUAACUAACGUUGCAUUAAAGAAAGUGUUCUUGCAAUAUGAGUAAAGCACAUCCCCCAGAACUGAAGAAGUUCAUGGACAAGAAGUUGUCGUUAAAACUAAAUGGCGGACGUCUUGUUACGGGUAUUCUACGUGGAUUUGACCCGUUCAUGAAUUUAGUCGUUGACGAGACUAUUGAAGAAUGUAAGGAUGGAACGAAGAACAAUAUUGGCAUGGUGGUUAUUCGUGGUAACAGUAUUGUGAUGUUGGAGUCGCUGGAUCGAAUAUGAAGCUGUCUGGAUUUUGGACCAGGAUGAUUGCAUUAGUGUUCUGGUGUAAAUAGUGUACCUUUCCAACAACAAACUUACAUUACUAUGUGCCGUCUUAUUGUUUAUUAUUAUAUUCAUUUUGUGGACAUGUCAUUAUGACAGAAGUAUCAACAGAUAGUCAUUAAUCCUACUUGUGAAGUAUUGUGUGUAAACUAUGCUCUUUUCAAUGUCUGUGAAAAAUGUGACUGAAGUGUUUAAGUGAAAUGAAAAAGCAAAAUGGUAAAAGUAGCAGCUGUGAAUUUUUCUAAAAGUUUAAAACCUCCAAUGGUGCAUCAGCAUUGUAUUAUCCUUUUUCUGUAUCCCUGCACAUCACAGUAGACCAUUCAUGAUGCAUUGUUUUGGUUUAUAUUCGUUGGAGUGACAUGUUUCUGGCUGCAGUUCAUCCUUACCAAGGAUGGUCUUAAAUAAACCCUGAAAUACUAACAGCUCAUUUCUGAGUGAUUAAGAAGAUUAAAAAUAUAUUAAUUUCAAAAAGCAAAGUGGUGUGAAAUAUUUUGACAACAUAUACUAAAACGAAAAAGAUUGUAGCUGCUAAUAGAAGCACUCAUUUCUAAUGUUAGAUUCCUUCUUGUAAAUGUAAGUGAAAAAUAAUGUAAUUAAAUUUGCAAAAACUGGUA